AUGGCCGUUACUCAAACCUUAAUCGCCAUCAAGCUCAAGAACCAGUCAAAGCGCUUUGAAGGUUCUAAAUCGUAUCACCUCGCCGCUAGUAGAGCCAUCAUCAAAAUGAUGCUCGUCGUCAUCAUCGCAUACGUGGCCUGUUGGACGCCGAAUCGAUUGCUCUUCUUGCUAACUAGGCUUCUCCGUAUUCGGACCGAGGUGAAAAGUCAGAUUUCCGAGGCCUUCUUCAUCCUUGCUGCUGUCAACUCCAGCAUCAACCCAAUCAUCUAUAGCAUCCGUUACGAGGACUUCCGCAAGGCCGUAAAGGAAUUGUUCACCGGACAGAAAGGCCAAAGCAAGGCGAUGUUUGAAACUAGCGACAAAACUAAAUCUAAGGAUAACGGUACUGCUUAA